AGAUAUUACGUAACUCCACUCAGCUUUUAGGAAACGUCAUUUUGGUAUGCCAGCAUCCUAACCGUUCAAGGGUAAGCUAUAUUUGUGACAAACGCCUUCUGCAUUCAAAUCGAGGAAAAGUGCAGACAUGUUCAGAAGAAGGCCUUUUCGUGGUGCGCCUCGUAGAAAUUUGUCUCCAUUAAUAGUUCCUAUCUGUGACGACUUUCCGUUCCUACCACCUAGAUCCUUAUCUCCAUUGAAAUCUUCUAGAUGGAUAGGUGAUCCUUUGCCUCCGUCUUGUACUCCCGAUGAAUUAACUAGGAUCCUAGUGGCACCUUCGGGUGGCCAUUACGAAAUGCCAAAUACAUCUUACGAUGAAGUAUAUCCGAAUAUAAUCUUGGGUGACGAGCAAACCGCCAUGUCUAUACCGACAUUACGAAGAAUUGGUGUCACUCACGUAUUAAAUGCGGCACAAGGAAAGAAUCGAAAUUUAUAUUUCGUCAAUACAUCUUCCUCUUAUUAUUAUGAUUCUGGAAUAAAGUUUCUUGGUAUAGAAGCUAUGGACAGUGCAAGUUUUCCUCUCUACCUCUAUUUCCAACGAGCAGCUGAUUUUAUAGAGGAAGCAUUGGGAUCUGGAGGGAAGGUAUACGUUCAUUGCAGAGCCGGAAUAAGUAGAUCUGCGGCUUUAGUCAUAGCAUUUUUGAUGAUAAAACGUAACAUGCCAGCUCAAGAAGCUGUUAGAAGGGUAAGAGCUCACAGAAAGAUAAUUCCCAAUGAUGGAUUUUUAAGACAGAUCUGUGACUUAAAUGAAAAAUUAUCUAUGGAAAGAAAUAAUUUCAGAUCCUCACGUGGAAUACCCUGAAAUAUAAGCUUAAAAAAUUUUAAAGUUUUAUAGAUUUCAUUGAGAAUACAUUUCGAGCUUUAAUAUUAUUUUUAAAAAAAUAUUCAUUAUUCUACAUUAAUCUGUAAAUAAUAUUGAACAAUUCUCUAUUCAAAACUCUAAAAAUUUUUAAAAAUUGGAAUGUUUAAUUAUUUAUUUAUUUAUUGUCAUUUAAAUCGUAAACUGCUGAGCAGUUUAAUAAUUUCUUAAUGAAGAUUAAAGUUUUAAAAAGCUUCAUUUUACAUUAUUUUAUUAAAACAAUUAAUUUCAUGGCAAAAAAAUGGAAAAAGUUUAUUAUUUUAUAAUAUUUUAAAAAUUUAUUUAAAUUAUAAAUUUUAAUAAGCUUAUUAGUGUAAAAUGAUUUGAUUUGUAUAUUCAGCCAAGAAAAUGAGAAAUGUAGAUUCUAUGAAAGAAACAUCAUUUAAUAAAAGCAAUAAAGUUUUUGAUGUAAA